AUGGGCAGUUUAACAGAAGAAGAACUUAUGCAAAUGGUGAGAGAUUUCCAUGAAUCAGACUCAUCAGCUCGACCACCCAACUCAUUAUCAUCUUCACAGCCCCUCUCUUCUCCUCAUCAAUCCAAAUAUCUCACUUUACAGGAGAUAAUUUGGAGGGCAACAGAUUGUGAGAUUGAGAUUCUUGAGAAAGUGUUGAUGUAUUUGAGGAACACUGAGACUUUGAUGGAACCCGACAAUCUGAAAAACAAAUGGGUUGUGAUGAAACUAAAAAAGGAUGGUUAUGAAGCCUCCCUUUGCAAAACUUCAUGGGUUUCUUCUUUUAGGCUCUCUGAAGUUCGUCAAAUUACAGGUGAUUAUGAAUAUGUUGAUGUAAUGAUGAAGGACAAGAACAAUGUCAAAGUGACAAGGCUUAUAGUGGACAUGGAUUUUAGGUCUCAAUUUGAACUGGCAAGACCUACACAAAACUACAAGCAGCUCAAAGACACUCUGCCCACCAUCUUUGUUGGGACAGAAGAAAAGCUUGACAAAAUUAUAUCUCUGCUUUGCCCAGCUGCAAAACAAUCUCUUAAGGAGAAUGGCCUCCGUGUUCCUCCUUGGAGAAAAGCCAAGUACAUGCAAUCCAAGUGGCUCUCCAAAGAUUGCAAGAAAGUCUCAAUCAAUAUGGAAAUGGGAAUUAUGGAUCAUAAGAGUGAACCCCAAUUUACAACUACUCAUUGA